AUGCUCGCCAGGCUCCAGCGCAUCGAGGAAGCCAAGCCGCGCAUUUCGUGGUUGAACGACGUCUUUGUGUACCGCGAGAGCAUCCUGCCGGUCAUCAUCUACCCUGUCCUGGGCUUCACGAUCUUCGCUGCUGCGGUGGCCGUCGCCGAUAUCUGGUACAAUCGGACUAUCGCUAUUUCCAACAAUGUUGGUGGGUUUCACAGACAGAGAAUUAUGACCAGCUCCCCGACCCGACGUCAGCUAACUCCAGUGCCUCUGCUCUCAGUAGUCGUCGGUCUUCUGCUCGUGUUCCGCAACUCGACUGCGUACGAGCGCUAUGCUGAGUACGUUUCCAGCUCGGCUAAGGCUAACGCUCAGGGGCCGCAAGGAUUUCACGGCGAUGAUUGCUGCAUCGAGAUCUCUUGCCCGCGUGAGUGCCAGCUUACUUAUACCCCCAACCUAGCUGACAGACAGUCUAUCUGGGUCGAGGUUGUCCCGCCGUCAGGCUCGCACUGGAGUGCGGCGCAGCGCCGCCAGCUGACUGAGCAGAAGCGACAAGCGAUCCGCAUGAUCGUCGGCUUCGUGGUCGCGACCAAGCACUAUCUGCGUUCGGAGGGCGGAGUGCACCACGCCGAUCUGCAGGGGUUGCUGCCUCCUUCUCUGGUCAAGUUCGCUCUCAGCGGGAGCGGCAGUGGCCCCGACUCGCCAACCUCGGAACGGGGCACCGUGACGGGAGCGUCGGAGUGCUCGUCGCCUCGCUCGUACUCUGGCGUGCACGAUGAGGAGCGUGAGGUUGGUCUGCCUACUGGUGCCCGCGUCCGCCCGCCCUUAUUCACGAUCUCAUCGAAUGCGACUCUGGUCGACACCCCCGAGCCCUCUGGCUUCAUGCGUCAGCGCCGCCCCAGCACUGUCAAGGUCCUCGACGACCGUGUUCCUCGCAAGGGCAGCAAGAGCCCGCCUCACAAACUCUCGACUAUGAGCGAGCGCACUCCUCUCAUCAAGGCCGGCGUCAGGCAGGACCACAAGCACUCGUCCGUCGACCUCGCUGCACGCGCUACUGCCCCGUCUGUCGAGGAGGUCGGACUCAGCGGAAUGGUCGAGGUCGGCCUGCCCCUUGUCAUCCGCACGCUCUUCCGUUUCCGCCGCCAGGGCUAUCUCGAGGACAUUGGACCAGCCGGAUACAAUGCAAAGCAGGCUUACGUGCAGAGCAUGAUUGACCAGCUCGGCUCGAUGGAGCGCAUCAUUCAAACCCCGCUGCCGUACAUGUACACGUCGCACCUGAAGCAGUGUGUGACGGUGUACCUGCUCUGUCUGCCUUUCGUGCUCGUCGAGAGUCUCGGGUGGAAGAUGAUCCCCAUUAUUGCGGUAACGUCGUUCACGCUUGCGGGUAUCGAGGGCCUCGCGUGUCUCUCCGAGGACCCGUUCGGAUCCAGCGAUCCUUCUGACUUGAACCUGGACCUGUACUGCACCGAGCUUCUCGUCGAGAUCGAGGCCGUGCUGGAGACGCUUCCGGAAGGCGACCUAGACGAGGAGAUUGUGUACCGCCGCUCGGAGCGCCAGAUCCAGAUCGACGACGAGGAAGACGGCUAA